AUGCUCUGGUGGUUGUGCGUUGCCCUCCUGUUAGUUCAUCACUCUCUCGCUGGAUGUCCUGCAGUUGUCCUUCCUCAACCGGACAUCUGGCCCGAUGGCAAAUUCCUCUAUCCAAACGGUGCGCCGCAAUGCUUUACCCAAGGGUCAAUCAUGAACAUCAGCUGGGAAACGAAGUACAAGACUACCAAUCUGUAUCUUGUCCACGGCGCCAAUUACGACGAUCCAGUCGCUCUUACAUUGAACACAGCAGCUACAUGGCACGAAUGGAGAGUCGGAUAUCCCACCCGAGACGAUACGAAACCGUUCGUACUCCGACUAGUCAACGCACAGGGUACGCCGGAAGACAUGGCCGUUGGAGGUAUAUGGAGCGCCCGGUUCUGGAUCGGUUGGAACCAAGAUACUUCUUCCAGUUCCACACUUGCUCCUACGCCAACACCCACAGAGCCUGCGACCGUGAUAGAUGCAUCGCGUAGCCAUACCACCACCUCCGCUUCUCCAGCAAAUUCCGCACAAUCAAAUAGUGGAAGUUCCUCGCAUGGUAAAGCCAUCGGGAUCGGGAUUGGUGUUGGUUUAGGUGUGCCUCUCUGCAGUGCUGUUAUUCUGGCUCUGCUCUUUUUGCGGAGAAGACGGAAUCAGCCCGAGUCUGUCGUUCAUGGCGGGCCUUUUGCACCACCGGCUUCUGACAAGAGUUACACCAAUUCGACCGUGCCAGAGGACAUGUGUCUCGAGGGUAAGCAGGUGUAUGAGCUGUGCGGUGAAAGUAGCCGAACGGAGGCAGACAGUAGCCAUGUUCGAUAUGAGCUUGCGUAA